GUGCGGGCGUGUUGCUGAGCCGGAAAAUGCGCGCGUAAACCGUAUUAGAUGUGUGAGAAAAUUGUGGCCCGCAACGGGAAAAUUGGCAGAGCAAACAAGCGAGUGUGUAGCGUGCCAUGUGCUUGUGUUUGUGGAGUGCGUGAAUGAAGUGCCACGGAAUCGUAGCGGAAAUCGUUUGCUAGCCCAUCGACUGGCCAGCCAGUGCGGGUAAUUGCCGUGGCUAAAACACCAUCUUGGCCAGCUUAAUAAACGGUUCGGAGAAGCGAGACAUCUCGACUUGAUGAACCUUUAAAAUCCGAUGUGGCGUUCAUCGCUUUAAAAACGCUACCAAAAAGCGCGUGGAGUAUGCGGCGUAUACGCAAUAUGAGCUUGUUGAAUAAGCUCAACAUAGAAGUGAAACACUCGGCGUAUACGCAAUCUUAACCAGUUUUGAUAUCCGAAACACGCAGCGUACACGCAACCUAGCCAAAGACAGAUUUAUUUCGUCCUUAGAGUUGUUAAAUCAAUAGCAAACCGUUUUGGGAAAGUUUCACUUUUUGGCAGUCGCUCUUUUGUCCUUUGCAUGCGUUAAUGUCCUUUUGCAACAGUCGCCUAAGUAAUUGCAAAUUGCGUGCCGCAAGUUUACAAGUUAUUUCCUUUCUCUCGCUCUCUUUCUCUAACUCUGCCACCCCUUUUGACUGCAGCAAUUUGGCUAAGAGCUUGCGAUGGCUUCGGGGGUUGCGGGGGCGGUUAGGUGGGUCAAAAGGCGCAGCCACACGACACCAGGAAACAGCCGCAGCACAGCCACACAGCCACCAACCUACCACUUCCAACCUGAAUUCUCUCCAGCCUCGAACCACCAACCAAACGCCGCAGUCAAUGCGGCUAGACCAAGAGCUCCAGCGGCAGCAGAAAGUCUUCGUUUGGCUUGGCCGUGGCUUUAGAACACAAAAAAAUACAUCCGUUAAGACAGAAAAUACCCUGUGAACCCAAAGUAAAAACAGAAUUACGAUUCGCACUUAAAAAUCCAUUUAUUACCAAAAGCACUCUCGCAGUUUUAAGAAAUAUUUCAGAGCAAGUGAAUAAAACGUGUUAUAAGUUUAGUGCAAGUGUUUUUAACUUUUAACAGCACAAAAGUUUUUGAUGUCAGUUGUCACCGACGGGUUUAUAAUUCAACGUUGAAACCAAAAGUUUUGAGUCUUAUUUGCAAUAAAUAAUAGUGGAAUACUCUUAUGAUAAUUAGGUUUCGAAAGUAAAUUACUUUAAAACUUUAUUUAAAAGAUAGAAAAACCUCUCUUGUCUGCAUAGUCAUUAUCGCAAAUACACAUUUAACAAAAUAAAUUGUUUAUGGUUUCCAUUGAUUCAUCCUCCGAAUUGCAAACAGAGCCAAUCGUUUUCUGGUAAACAACUUUUUUCUCGCUAAAUCAUUUCUGCGGUUUGAGCUUCAAUGUUUACUGAAGAGGAAAUCCGAUAAAAUUGAACAUAUAAUUUUCCUCUUUUUUAGAGUUAAAUUUUUUUUUUAAAAACUAUUCGCUUUGACUUUUUGUCAGUUUUUCCGACUCACUUAAAAUUGGCAUGUACCGUGAAUAAAAAUGUUUUGUUUCGACUUAUCUCAAAUUAUAAUAGUAAAUGGUUGUAAAAACCACGCAUUGCGGUAUCAAGAACUGGAUUUUCCGUCAUAGUUCUUUCUUUAUUGCUUAAAAUAAUCAUUCAUAAAGUUAUGACCAUUUGGUUUCUAACUUUCAAGGGUAUGCAUAACUUCGUUUUCGACCUAGAGUUAACCUUUCUCUUCGCCGCUCUAUUUUUUUGCUUAUCGAUUUUCGACGGUUGACUGACGUCGGGACUUUGGGCCAAAACUUGAGCCGUGAGCCGGCUAAUAAUGCUCAGUAGGUCAGCGCCGCGGCAGUUUGAAGUGCGUUAGAAGCAACAGUGGCCAACGGCGUACUGGCUGAAACGAAACCGAAAACUGGCACAGCCCAGAAAGAGACAGGGAUGGCUGGAGCGAAAGAGACGGGUUGAGUUAUCGCGGCAGAGGGAGGGGGAGCACGAACCGCUGGCUCUACUUGAGGCGUAUAAAAAUAGCAGCCAGCUCGCACACAAACGCAGUGGCAACUUCAAACGCGCUUGGCCUACUUUUCUGGGUAAUGGGCUUGGGACGUCAACUGCUGUUGGUCCUGCUCCUGCUCCUGCUGCUGCUCCUUCUCUGUUCACUCCUCCUUGCCACAUACCGCUUUUCAGCGCACCCGUUAACCGCAACCAAGUUAAAUGAAGCACACUCACAAACAUCGAGAAAAACAAAGGAACUAAGUACGUUAUGAAGUUGUUGGUUGCAGCAUUAGUUGUUUUAUUCGUGGCUUUGACUCUAUUUAUAUCGAUCAACAAUAGUUUAAUUAGCUGUGAUUGAAAUUUCAUAAAUGAAACACUAUAUUCACUAAUAUUUUGAUCAGUGCACAAUCAAGGGGGCUACCUCCACACGCAAAUUACCAAAGGCAAAGAGGAGCAGAGGGAACUGGUGAGUUGCUGGAGCAGGCCGAAGCACAGGAUUCUGCACAAGCGGCGUUAAUCAUACGCAUCGUGUGCCAAUCCGUGUCCAGCGAAUGCAAAGUCAAUCAGCGUUUAAUUGACAGCUGCAGUCACUGCCAGAUACGCUCAACAAUGGGCCGAAAGCCGCCCAGCAAGCGGCACUCGGAACAGCAAUUAAAACGGAAACCCACUGAACAGGAUUUUGGCUUUGGUUACGCUUUUGGGUCCUGCUGCCUGUGAAGCAGGUCAUUAGUGUUCCCCGAAAGUGUAGAAGCCUCCCGUGCAGAAUCGAUUCCGAACGUAUUUUUUGAUUAAUGGUUCGUGCUAAGGUUGACGUAUCAAUUGUGUGCGAAAAGUAUAUAUUAUUACUGCUCUACAAAUUUAGUGAGCUUAAAUAACUUGAAAAACAAGAUGUACAUUCAAAAAAUAAUAUUGAAUUUUAAUCCAACAAGCCAAUGUAGAAUACAAUACUACAAUUAGAAUUUGGCACCCACAUUGGCAGACGCUUUAAACAUAAGCUACAAAAUAAUAAUACAUCUCCCUUUACGUUUCGAUUUAUAAACUUUCAUUCCAAGACUUAAGACUAAUUGGCUUUAUCGAACUUUUUUGAUGAGACCUUAUAUGAAAACAACUUUUCUUGCCCUCUACACAAUUAGCUGUUGUAUUGGCUGCUGCUGACCAGAGUUUGUUUUUCGGGAAAACUGGAAACCGCAGAACAAGUUCAAGUCGGCUUAGGACCGCCUCCUGAUCCCCUCCCCCUUCUUACCAGCAUCUGCCCCCAUUAUUAGCCAUAUGGCUGUCAGUGAUUGCUGGCAGUUGCUGCGGCAGCUCGAAACUUAUCGCUCGAUUGCAGAUUGUUUCUCGACUGCCAAGGCGGCGCCGCAAAGUAUGCAGCACUAAGUAGUCGUUGGCCCUUCUACUUUCUCCUUGCUUCCUUGCUUCCUUUCUUCCUGCCGUGUCAUGGCAUUUUCCAAUUAGAACUGCCUUCUGGCCUGGCCAAGAGGAAAGCGAACGGGGGGAGCACAGGACUGGUGCCAAACAUGCGUGGCACGUGAGCGGCAAAGGUAAAAACUUCUCGUUUCCCAUGUGCGUGUGUGUGCAUGUAAAUUACAAAAUCGUGCAAAAAAGGUGCCAUUAAAAAGGCUGAAAGAGCAAAACAACAAAAAAAAAAAAAGGAACAACAACACCCAACCAACGCACAAAUGGUGACUUCAAAAGAACAGCGAGUUGUGCAUGCUCUAGCAGACCUGUUCAAACAUUUAUGCGGUGAAAAAAACAUCUGCUGACAGAAGGGGCCGCUAUUGGAUUUCCCAAAUAAAAAGGAUAAACAUGGGUGAAACACUUUUUUCUAAUAUACAAUGUAAUAAAUUAUAGGUAGAAAGGAAAUCUCUUAAACUGAUAUUUUUUAAAGUGCAAGAUUGACCAUAAAUAGCGAGAAGAAAGAGCAACAGUAACAAAAAUUGUUUAUAUUUCUAAUUAUAUUAUAUUUCUACCUUUCUAAAUUUAUAAUAAUACUUAAAUGUGUGCUUUAAAAUUAUAAAGCCAAAAAGGUGGUUGCAUGAAAAAUACUUUAUGAAAGGCAAAACUCUUCCAAUUUUUUUCUCCUGGCUAAUUGGAGUACUUUCAUCCUUAAUAACAGUAUUACCAGUUAGUAAAAUGAUUAAAUAUGCCAUUAGAAUUCAUUAGGCGAAAGUAUCCUCUUUAUAUACCCCGGAUUUAGGGUAUUUUGCAAGGAACGUUGAAUGUUAUGCUUGGCAGGGCAGCAAUUUAAAUUCUCGCUUCACGCCCGUGACACGCCUCUGCUUCUUUUCACCUCCCAGUCCCUCCCCCUCUCCCCUUUCUGCCACCCCAUAAAGUUUUGUCUCCGCUGGCAUUGCGUAUACGCCGCGUACUCUCCACCCACCAAUAAACAUACUCCGCCAUGCGUUGCGUAUACGCCGCGUACUCCCCGUUCACCCGCCUCGCCCCACCAACAAAAAACUGAUGUUAUGUGCGUGCGUGCGUGUGGUGCAUAAUUACAGGUGCGCUGUGCUGUUGCGGUCGUGGAUGAUGCGGCUGGAGCUGGCGGCGCCAGGAGCCCAGUUCCCGGCCCAUAAUUGUCGGUUGAAUGACUCUCGAUGCGAUAGCAAUAACAGCACUGAAAUCAGCCGCGCCGGCAACCAUAAUACAGUACACCACGGUCCCAUUUGACGGCGAGCAGUAGAACCAGCAGCGAACCAAUUGCCAACAGCACCACCGCUCAAAUUUUCGGACAUUUGCGACAUGUUAGCAGCGACAAGGCGAACGGACAACACAACAACAACAACAACAACAACAACAACAACACAACACAAGGAACAAUCGUCAGCGAGAUUGAAUAAAACUACAGGAGGGCAAAGGAGAGGAUCACCUUGGGGAUCAUUGGGACUUGCAGCCGGAAGAGAAGAUGGUACUCAGCACCGAGUGGUCGCAGGUGGAGGUCAUCGAUCUGAUCAACGAUGGCAACGGCCUGGGCUUCAUCCUUGUGGGCGGUCGAAGUACCGGCGUUGUGAUCAAAGCCCUAACGCCGGGGGGCGUGGCCGAGCGAGAUGGUCGGCUGCAGUUGGGCGAUCAUCUGCUGCAGAUCGGCGAGGUCAAUCUGCGGGGCUUCAGCUCGGAGCAGGUGGCCACAGUUCUUCGUCAGACCGGAGCUCAGGUGCGUCUGAUUGUGGCGCGGCCGGUGGAGCCGACGGCCAUCGAUUACCAAACGCUGGCCUGUCAGGCGCCGAUUAUACCAACUAAGCUCCUCUCCGACCCGGAAGAACUGUCGCGUCAUCUCUUCCAGAAUCCGAGUUUCGCCACCGCAGCAGCAGCAGCAGCAGCCGCAGCAGCAGCAGCGGCAGCGGCAGCAGCUGCAGCAGCAGCAACGGGUGGUACCAGUGGCGGCGGCUUGGAUGUGGCCAGCCUGGUGGGUCUGGUGCGCGGUGGUCCCGCCGAGGGUUCGGCCCUGUCCGCCGUUGAGUCACCGAUGCCACCAACAUCCACUGGUCACCUGCAGCUCAGCGAACUGGGCGACUUGGCCGACUUUCCACUGCCUCCGAUUCCGGGCGGGAAUCAGCUGCUCAGCGAAUCCGGCGCCGGGCAGAGACCUUGUCCGCGUCUGGAUCUGGACAUAGUGCCCUUCUCGAUACUGUCGCCCCCGCCACGCCCCGCCCUGCAGCUGCUGCCCCUGGAGACCCAGUGGCGAUCCGUUCAGGAUCAGCACCAGCACCAGCACCAGCACAUUGAGACUGUGAUAGCCGACAGCAAAUGCCAGCUGUUGGCCAACGAAGGUGGCAGAGGAGAUGGCGGCGGAGGAGGAGGUGGAGGAUCCGUUUCGGGUUCGGGUUCCGGAUCACCCGACUCGUACAUGGACUCCCCGGAAACGGAAACGUACGUGGUGGAGCUGCACAAGAACGUUUACGGACUGGGAAUCACGGUGGCCGGCUACGUGUGCGAGGAGGAGGAUCUCUCGGGGAUCUUCGUGAAGAGCAUCAUCGAGGGCAGUGCCGCGGAGACGAGCGGUCAGAUCCAGAUCAACGAUCGCAUCGUGGCCGUGGACGGACGAUCCCUGUCGGGGGUGACCAACCACCAGGCGGUGGAGCUGCUCCGCAACACCGACAUCGAGGUGCACCUCACCUUGGAGCGAUUCCUGCGCGGCCGGAAGUACGAGCACUUGCAAGUGGCUCUCACGGAGAUCAAGGGAAGCUCCGGGCACUCCGGCCUGGAUCGGAAUCAGGACAAAGACCCGGAUCAGGAGUCGCAGCUGUCCAUGCCCGGUUCGCCGUCGAUAGCCACUCUGAGUUGGCUGCCACCCAAGUCGCUGGAUGCCGAUUCGAUAGCCACCGAAGGAGACGAUGUGGUGGAGGCGGAGGAUGUGGGCGUGUCGGGAGUCGAGGAUGAGUGCAUCGAACUGCCAUCCCGCGACACCGUCGAGUCGAACAUGUCGCACGUGCUGGACCGCAGUGACCACAGCAGCGGCGGCGGCAUCGGUGGCAUUGGUGGGCCAAAAUCCAAGAUUAGUCCCACAGUUCCACUCACGAAUGGCCGGAGUUUGAGCCACCUGGCCGAUGACAGUGGCAACGACACCGACGAGCAGUGUCCAGAGCCCGAAACGGAAAUGGCCAAGGCCAAGGCGACGAAGGCUAGAAAGGGAUCCCGGCCAGAUUCGGAGAGGGUUUUCAAUCCUCCGGAUGAUCUGGUGGCGGAUAGCGAUACGGAUCCCGGCCAGAUGGCGACGCCCACGAACGAGGCACCGGUGGUGGCCAGGGCGGCCAGCCCGACGGCCGCCUCGCUGCGCGUCGCCUGGAAAAGUGAGUUUCCCGACAGUGAAAUAAUAGUUGCCGAAAUAAAUAAACUUUCAGGUCUAGGGAUCAGCCUCGAAGGCACCGUCGAUGUGGAGUGCGGCAUUGAGAAGCGUCCGCACCACUACAUCCGCUCCAUACUGGCCGACGGGCCGGUGGGUCGCCAGGGCAUCCUGCGACCGGGCGACGAGCUCCUCCAGGUGAACGAACACAAGCUGCAGGGCCUGCGGCACAUCGAGGUGGUCAAGAUCCUCAAGGAGCUGCCCGCCAGGGUGAAACUGGUGUGUGCACGCGGCACUCACGUUCCCUCCGUGAUCAAUACCUCGCAGAAUCCGGAGGCCUUCGAGACGCGCAGCCUGCUGCCCGGUGGCCACCAGAGUCUCCAAAAUCUGCUGAGCAAGGCGCAGUCGGAGAGCUCGCUCUACACGUCCAGCACGGCGACUUUAACGGAUGCAGGAGGAGCAGGAGCAGCUGGAGGAGCAGGAGGAUCGGGCGGGAAUGCGGCUGGAGGAGCUCGCUCCAAGUCACUGGAGAACGUGUCGGGCUUGGCCCUGUGGAGCUGCGAAGUGACCGCCGUGGAGAUCGAGAAGACGGAGCAGGGCUUCGGCUUCUCCAUACUGGACUACCAGGAUCCCCUCGACUCGGAGGGCAGUGUGAUCGUGAUUCGCGGCCUGAUACGCGGUGGUGCUGCGGAGGCAACCAACGAGAUUUACCCAGGCGAUCGCCUCAUGAGCGUCGGCGAUCGCCUGCUCCAGGGCCUCGAGCUGGACGAGGCGGUGUCCAUCCUGAAGGGCAUGCCCCCAGGACUCACGCGCCUCGGCAUCUGUCGGCCGCUCUCCGCCUCGGACAGCAAUAGCAACAGCAAUAUAGCCUCGCCACUCGGCGAUUCCGCCAGCACAUAGUGGCAGCCCCUCCCCGACGGCCACCAGGAGUCGGAGGUUCAACUGGGAGCAGGAGCGGAUUCGGAGCGGGAACUGGAGCAGUUUGCAUUAUAUUUUAUGACCCUAAUAUCGGCCAUGUGAAAGCAUCGCGACAAGCAGCUGUAAAAUUGGAAACCCAAAAGCAACAAUACGGAAAAGUCUGCAGCAUAAAUCAGCGAGUCUGGACAUUGAAACCAUUUGUAUAUAGUAUAUAACCAAAUCCGCACAUUGCCAGAAUCGAUUAACUAUACACGAGCUAGGUACAAUUGAUAGCCGGCCCGAACACUAAAACUGCAUAAAUAAACAAAUUGAGAGGCACGCAACGAUUCUAAAAAUAUCACAAAUUGUUGUAUCAAUAAAUUAUUAAUAACAAUUUCUGCGGACAAGCUCUAACAAAAAGUUGACAACGUCAAAUAAAGUUGAACAUCAACAGAAACAAAAAAAACAAACGAAGUUCCGGGCGAAAAGCGACGAGAUGGGGAAUUUAUUCAUACACAAAUAUUGCAAAACAUUUUUCCAGUUUAGUAUGCAUAUGUCGAGGCCAUGACGAUGGCAAUAAUGAUAGCACCCCGGUAGUUCCCACAUAUCCACCCAAAAAACGAAACCACACCCCCGCCCACCCCAAAAAGUCCGCUGUAAAUAUUCAAGAGAUUAUUUUUAUUGUCCUUUUCAACUUUACGUAGCAUAAAUUUACAAUUUCUAGCUUGUAAAUCAUUUAUACACAUUGGAAUAGGUAAGGCUAGGGGCGGAUGGGCGUGGCAGUUUACUUUUCUCGAGAGGAAACCCUAAGUAGAUAACACUUGCACCCUCAAGAACUUGGGUCAUUUUUCAAAUUGUAUAGGAAACGAAAAUCGCAAUAAUGCAUAGAUUCUUGAGAUUAGUUGUGCGUAUAUACGAUUACAUAUACCUAUUUAUAGAUACUACAAAUUCUAUGCCUAUGAAUAUAAUUAUAUAUAUUUACAAUUGACGACCAAGCAAAAGUAAAACUUUAACUUUAGUAACAAGUCAACACAAAAAUUACACAAUUGAACAAAAAACACUAAGGUAGUUCGAUUGAAUAUUAAGACAUUGAUGAGAUGUUAAAGGUGGUGAAAGGAACUUUUGUGAGGGCUCCUGAAGAGCCCAAUUUUCUUUUCACCUCUCGCAGCAUAGCAAAAUUAAAAAUAAAACAAAAGCUUGUUAGUGAUACUAAUUUUAAAUGGGAAAACAGCAAAGCAAAUGAUUAAUUACAAAACAAACAACGUUAGCGAAUCUUUAAAGUUUAAAUUGUUAAAACAUUUCUGUUAAGCGAUUCUUUGUUAUUAAACUGACUUCAAUUUCAUCUGUAUAUAAGGUUCUUGAUUACAUCAGCAAGAUGCUUUAGCUAUCUUAAAAUAAUUGAACGAUAGAGAGUAAGAUAACAACACCUGCAAUGCGUUUCAAAAAUUAAUCAAUCAUUUUUACAAAAAAAAGUAUGUUUGUUUAAAGUUUUUUAUGGUUUCUUGUUGUUAGUUCUUUAAUUGUACGUUAAUUUUUUUACCUGUGCAUUUAGUUUUUAAAGUGAAUAUAUUUAAAAUACACUACCUUUCUUAUUUAUUUUGUUUUGUUUUUAGUACUAAGGGAUAAAUGUUCCCCAACUUAUAGUUAUGAAACGCAUUGUCCAUACGUAUACAAAUUAAUACAAAGACAUAGAGACAUUAAAAAUCAUGCACUUUCGCUUACGGAAACUACUAUAUUUUGCAGAUGAAAUGAGAAAAAGUUCCACGCAGAUCUAAGAAAAUACGCAGAUACACUAUCUAUAUAUCUAUCAUACAACCACACUCUCACACAGAAACACCACACACACACACUUACACGUAUAUAAGUACACGCACAUCAAUGCAAGUGGCAUAAUAUCUGAAACAAUUUACCAAUUAGCAUUAAAGAUUAAUGGACAAAACCACUGUCUGAGCAAAAAACCAACUAGCUGAAGAAAUCGACUAAAACAUCAAACAAUGUAACAAUGAACCAGAAUCGAAUUGAAUCGAAUCGAAACACGAGACACGAAAGGCAACGCAGAUGAAAAUUGAAAUGAAUAUGCAAUUUUGGCAAAAACAUAGGCUACAUUAGACACCAGAGUAUGUAAAUUGACGAAACGUUCAAUAAACGAAAGCGAAAAAUAUAACAAAAAGUAUUAAUACACGUACAAAGAUUCA